AUGGCUGCCAGGAGCCGCUUUCAUUCGGAAAGCAGAAGCCAUGAGCACCCAGAAACCUUCACACUCCGCCGUUCGAAAACCUACAACGCCCUCGUUGGUCGGUGGAAGUCGUUUCGGCGCAGACGCAUAAUCUUGGUCUUACUCGCAGCAUGGCUUCUCUACCUCUUCUUCAAGCAUAUGCCGACGGAUCUCCCACCUGUCUCUGAACGAUAUGACCAUCGUUACGGUCGUUUACACCCGGGGUUACGUGGUCCGCAGGGGGGUGGUUCUCAAGACACGCUCCAAAACUCUGACCAAAGUUACGAUGGUCCUAUAAAGUUCUACGACCUUGCCAGGACCUUGCAGGAGCAUGCAUGGAUUCGAGACAUGAAAGGCAAUGUCCUCUUCGCCAUCUCGGACUUGAAGAGCGUUCCACAGAUUUUGCCCAUGGCAUGCGCGAUGGCACAGCACAACAGGACCCGAGUUCAUCUGGUGUUCAUGGGACGCCAUGCCGCAGGCUGGCCAGAGAUGCGUGCAGCGAAUGGCAUUGAAGAGUCAGGAUGUAACAUAUUCCUGCACGAUGCUCGACCUGAUCACGCGGCUGAAUCAUCUGUGUCGAGACUGACGGUCAGCGCAAGUGCGGGUUUGGGACACAUCCACGCUACCGUCCCGCUGCAUGCGGUGUUGGCUACAGAACACGAGGAUGACUAUUUGAUCAGUGCUUUGAAGGAGAAGACAUCCUCACUUGGUAUUUCUUACCUCGUCCUUCCUACCAGCAGCCAACAGAGUCUGUCUUGGAUUUCAUUGCUGGACGCUGCAUCGCUCUCGCAGCUCGACAAAGUCCAAAUUGACAUCGUAAUUCAAGCGCAGGCUGAGUCGUCGGCUUCGCUAAUGCGGCUUCUACGAUCCAUCAAAGACGCCGACUACUCAGGAUGGGUGCUUCCCAGAAUGACAAUUGAACUCCCCAAUAAUGUCGAUCCGUUCCUUGUACGGUAUUUGUCAGACUUCCGGUGGCCUGCCAAUUCUGCUGGCAGGGAGAGCAGACUCACGAUCAAGCACAGGCUUGAUGCACGGCUCAUGACUCCAGUACAGGCAUCUAUGCGGACGGUCGAAUCCUUCUACCCGGUUGCGGCGAGCACAUCUCACCUUCUGCUGCUCUCGCCCAAUACAGAGCUCUCGCCAAACUACUUCCAGUUCUUAAUGUACACUCUGCUGGAAUACGGAUAUGGUUCACAGACUUCGGGUCUGACUGAGCACUUGGCGGGCAUCUCGCUGGAUCUACCUCGUUAUGGACCAGACCUGAAAACGAAGGCGCCGUACGGAGGACAAGCUGCGAAGCCCUUCACUCUCUGGCAAGCGCCUGCAUCCACUGCGGUGCUCUAUUUCGGAAAUCGGUGGGUAGAAUUUCACACUUUCCUAUCUUACCGACUCCUCCUUGAUCCGGAGUUCGUAUCGAAGACAAAAUCCACACCUAUACUGUCACACGAAUACCCCGCAUGGAUGAUGCCGAUGCUUGAGAUGAUGCAAGCGCGUGGUUAUUAUGUUUUGUACCCGAGCUUUAUGGAGAGAGAAGGGUUAUCCGCCGUGACCGUACACAGCGAACUUUCUCAAUCCCCGGAAGAAUACAUUGUGGAGGACGAAGACCAUGCAUCCGAUAAUGGUUCCCCGAAAGUCAAGUUGGCUGGUGAUGAAGCUCUGACGGCGGAUGACGAGAUCACUCGACUGAUGCGUCAGGAACAGAAGCUGUCUGGAAACUCGCUUACCGCUCCUCUUUUGGACGCCAUGGCCUCACAACACGAAGGCGACUUUUCAACAAGCCGUGAUAUCCCGUUGAUAUCUUUUGACGGCGAAAAGAGAGAAUGGGCAAAUUCCUGGGAUGUCGCAUCAAGAUUUGCCGAGGACUUCGCAGUCUCAGUUGGAGGAUGUGUAAAUUACAACAGUGACCAGAAGGCUAACUCUGUCGGGUCACUAUUCUGUUUGGCAGCAGUAUGA